AUGCAUCCUGAUCAGAGGAAAAAGUCAUCGGUGGAGGUAGAUUUCUUUACGGAAUAUGGUGAAGGGAGCAGAUACAAAAUAGAGGAAGUGAUUGGUAAAGGAAGUUACGGCGUUGUUUGCUCCGCGUUUGAUACACACACUGGUGAAAAGGUUGCGAUAAAGAAAAUCAAUGACAUAUUUGAACACGUAUCUGACGCUACUCGCAUUCUUCGUGAGAUUAAGCUUCUUAGACUUUUACGUCAUCCGGAUAUUGUAGAGAUCAAACAUAUUUUGUUGCCUCCUUCAAGAAGGGAAUUCAAGGAUAUAUAUGUUGUUUUUGAACUCAUGGAAUCUGAUUUACAUCAGGUCAUCAAAGCAAAUGAUGAUCUAACACCGGAGCAUUACCAGUUUUUCCUCUAUCAGCUUCUACGAGGUUUGAAGUAUAUACACACAGCAAAUGUUUUUCACCGAGAUUUAAAGCCAAAAAACAUUUUGGCGAAUGCUGACUGCAAACUGAAGAUUUGUGACUUUGGUCUUGCCAGAGUAGCUUUUAAUGACACACCCACUGCUAUAUUCUGGACAGAUUAUGUUGCAACAAGGUGGUAUAGGGCUCCCGAGUUGUGUGGAUCCUUUUUCUCCAAGUAUACACCGGCUAUAGACAUAUGGAGCAUUGGCUGCAUAUUUGCAGAACUUUUAACCGGAAAACCUCUUUUCCCUGGGAAGAAUGUUGUUCAUCAAUUGGAUAUCAUGACUGAUUUUCUUGGGACACCAUCUCCAGAAGCCAUUGCAAGGGUACGAAAUGAGAAAGCUCGGAGAUACUUGAGCAGCAUGCGUAAAAAGAAGCCAGUUCCUUUCGCGCAUAAGUUUCCUAAUACAGACCCCCUUGCUCUACGGCUGUUAGAAAGAAUGCUGGCAUUUGAGGCUAAGGACCGGCCUACUGCUGAAGAGGCCCUAGCAGAUCCUUAUUUUAAAGGCUUGGCCAAGGUCGAGAGAGAACCUUCUGCUCAGCCAGUUACGAAGAUGGAAUUUGAAUUUGAGAGGCGGAGGAUAACAAAGGAAGAUGUAAGAGAGCUUAUAUACCGAGAAAUAUUGGAGUACCAUCCGAAGAUGUUAAAGGAAUUUCUAGAGGGAUCAGAGCCAACGGGUUUCAUGUAUCCAAGUGCUGUAGACCUUUUCAAGAAGCAAUUUGCAUAUCUUGAGGAGCAUUAUGGAAAGGGGGGAACGGUUGCUCCACCUGAGCGACAACAUGCGUCUUCGUUGCCUAGAGCGUGUGUGUUGUAUUCUGAUAACACGAUGCAGAAUACGGCUGAGGUUGCAGAGGAUCUAUCCAAAUGUUGCAUCAAAGAAGUUGAGAAACCGCCUGUAGAUAGGAGUAGUGCUAUUCUUCCGAUGACCCGGCUUCCUUUACAAACUCCUCAAAACAUUCAAGGUCUUGCUGCAAGACCCGGAAAAGUUGUUGGUUCUGCAAUGCAUUAUAACAACUGUGGGGUGGCAGCAGAAACCGAACAACGGAGGGUGGUUAGGAAUGCAUCUGUUUCGAAUCAGUAUGCUGCUUCAAGCUAUCCGCGAAGAAAUCCAAACUAUAAAAGCGAGAGGAUAGAAGACGAUGGGAUUGAAGGUUCUAACAGGAUGCAGCCAAAGCCUCAAUACAUAGCAAGGAAAGUCGCUGCUGCUCAAGGCGGAGCAGGUAGCCAGUGGUAUUGA